AUGUCGGGUGGUGCGGCAGUCAAACAGUCACCUGCGAAAUCAAAACCUCCAAAGGAGAAGAAAGGGCAAGUGGGAUCAAGUGGGACUGAACGUCUGAAGACUGUAAUACGACGAUUACCCCCCAAUCUACCAGAGGACGUAUUCUGGCAAAGUGUGCAAAGCUGGGUUACAGAUGAUACUACGCUUUGGAAGAUGUUCUAUCCUGGAAAGGUUGGAAAACGCAUCAAUAAGGAAAACAUUCCCUCGCGAGCGUACAUAGCAUUUAGGAAUGAGGAACAGUUGGCUAUAUUCAGCCGCGAAUACGAUGGACAUCUAUUCAGAGAUAAAGCUGGUUUGUCUCGCCAACUUUCCCUUCACAGCGUGAUUGAGAUGUAUCUACCAGGUAACGAAUCACAGGCAGUAGUCGAGUUUGCUCCAUAUCAGAAGAUACCAACUGAGAAGAAGAAAGCAGACGCCAGGAAUGCAACUAUUGAAAAAGACGAAGACUAUUUAUCUUUCGUAGAAUCGCUGAAUGCGGCGAACAAAGCCGAACCUGUGUCCUUAGAAGCUCUGAUUGCGGCCGCACAGCCUCCUCCUCCACCUACCACCACGCCGUUACUUGAAGCUCUGAAAGCGGAGAAAUCGGCGCAAAAAGACAAGGAAGCUAUUCUGCGACACCACGCACAUUAUAAAGAUGGCGCGGUCGCUCUCACCCCUGCUAUUGCGAAAAAGGACGACUCGAAGAAGAAACCUGCGCCUACACCCAAACAACCAGAAACACCACAACUCAGUAAGAAGGCCGCAAAGAAAGCUGCUGCUCAAAAGAAUGCACAAGCAGCACAAAGUGCUGCUGCUUCUUCCGCGUCGUCUACUGUAAAACAAAUAGUUCCCGCUCCUGCUACCAAGCCUUCACGUCCUCCUCGCGAUCCAUCAGGCCGUCAACAGCAAGCCAAAACAUCCUUACCACCUGCUGUGUUGCCAGCAGUGCAAACUAACAUCCAAGUUACUGGUGCUGUUGAUGCUGCGGAAGCCAAUUCGCUAACGCCUACACCCCGCCGAGGCCGUCCGGUCAUUGGAUUAGGCCGCCAGUUCGAAGCAGCAUUGAGUGGAGCUGGUGUUGGGGUCGGAGAGCAGCGUAAACGUCGCGAGAAAGCUAAAGAACCGGAGGGCAAACUGCUCCCUUCUAACAGUGCCGGUACUCCACAGAAAGCCAAAGAAAGUGGAGGGACACGAAAAGAUGGGAAAGUUCCAUUGAAUAACGUGGUGGCUCCUGUAGCCAUUAUGCAAGCGCCUAGCAUACUGCAACGGAAUGAUGGCUCCAUGCCCCAAGGUCCGAUGAUAUUGCAACGCCCUCAGUCGCCGCGUGCGGCACCACGACCCGCUGAUAGUGCAGGUGUCGCAGAGAUACCUCACAAUCACGCUUCAGAUGUUGGCACUGGAAGAGGUGCGAUGAGGAGGGGGAGAGGCGGGAAAGGAAGGGGUGGAGCCCACCGCGGUGGCUAA